AUGUCGACUUUGCAGUUCGAAGGAUUCUGCUUCAACUACGCCACUUGCAGCUACAGAAAACCAAUGAGAGAGGCAUCGAUUCUCCUCAAUGCUGCGACCCAAGCCGCUGCGGUCUUUGUGGGAAGUGGCUAUCGAUAUGGGUUUUCUGAAAUCGAGGAUUUUACCGUGGAGAUCGUGCGGGAGGAAAUUUUCGGCGCCACGAUAGAGUUGGAUCUCCUCCAGAAGCUUUGGGAACAUAUGGCUGCUAAGCUUAUAAAGAGAGGGGUUACCACACACAUGCAGGGUUCGGUGGGAACUAUGGCGGAUUACCACGCAAAAUUGGGUGCUCGUAUUUUCGUCUGGAUCACCUACCUAGGUAAACCCCUUCGGCCAAAUCAUGGAAGGGAGCUUCCGCAAGAUAAGAAAGAUCUCGAGUUGUCGAUGGAAACGAUACGACAACGCACUCAGACAUACAUGGAAUCUUGUAAAUGGGAUGCUAAACACAACCUACCUCUCUAUGUCGACAAUUGCCCGAAUCUGAGGCCAGAUUGUAGUGAGCCUCGUCCCUUGUGUAGCUUGGACGGUUGUUCACCGAGCGUAGCGACUGGCGCAUUUGGCGGAAAUGACGGUCAGUGCAAGGGUGAUGUAUUCAAGGGAUGUCCUUGCUUCGCGACGGGCAAUACGCAGGGCCAUUGCGGAGUGCAGUCGGGUCCGUGUAACGAGAACGGCUGCAACGGGCAACUAACUACAGAUGGCACAGCGAGAUGCACGGGUGCAUUCAGUGGGUGUAAGUGUAUCUGGCAUUAA